ACGGAGUACCAGCCAGGAGAGAGUUUACAAAACAAAAAGAGGUAGAUAAAAGUGGGCGAGGACACGCACUGGUCUCCGCGGAGCCGAGCUGUCACAAGCCAUCUGGGUCCUCUCAUAAUCCCCCAUCAAACAGCCCGACUGGCCAGAAAGAAAAGAGUGGAGGAAAAGAGGGGAAAAGGAGAGAGAGAUCUGGAUGGUGAGAGAGACAGGGAGAUCUGGAAGGAGAAAGAGAGAGAGAGAGAUUUGGAUGGUGAGAGAGAGAGAAAUAUCUGGGUGGGGAAAGAGAGAGAGAGAUCUGGACAGUGAGAGAAAGAGAGAGAUCUGGACAAUGAGAGAGAGAGUGAGAUCUGGACGGUGAGAGAGAGAGAUCUGGAUGGUGAGAGAGAGAGAGAGAUUUGGACGGUGAGAGAGAGAGAGAUCUGGACGGAGAAAAAAUAAGUGUGAAGAGAAAAGCGAAGAUGCCGGAGAACAAGGCGACAGUGUACAGGACCAGCAGCUACCUGUCCCACUCUGCCUACAGGAAGAUCAAGCGGGUUCUGAGCUUCAGGAGGCGCGUGUUUGGCCAGCGGCUGGAGGAGACGGUUCUGUAUGAGCGGCGUUACGGGGUAAACAUGGCACCGCUGGUGGUGGAGCAGUGUGUGGACUUUAUCCGGGAGCGGGGUCUUCUGGAGGUGGGGUUGUUCCGCCAGCCAGGCCAGGCCACGCUGGUUAAAGAGUUGCAGGAUGCCUUCGACGCUGGGGAGAAGCCCUCCUUUGACAGCAGUACAGACGUGCACACCGUGGCGUCUCUCCUGAAGCUGUAUCUGCGGGAGCUGCCAGAGCCACUGGUGCCCUUCUCUAGAUACCAGGACUUCCUGGUGUGUGGCAAGAAGAUCUCCUCUGAGAGGAAGCAGAGUUUGACAGAACUACGGCAUCUUCUUCAUCAACUUCCAGUGGCUAACUUCAACCUGCUCAACUACAUCUGCCAGUUUUUGAACGAAGUCCAGUCCUAUUCUAGCAGCAACAAGAUGAGCACCCAGAACCUGGCUACUGUUUUUGGCCCAAACAUCCUACGACCCAAAGCUGAAGUUCCUGAGAGUAUCAUUGAAGGGGCAGCCGUGGUGCAGCAGCUUAUGUCCGAGCUGAUCAGGGAGCACCAGUGCCUUUUUUCCAGGGAGGGGGGAGACAUAGAGGCCCCUGGCUCUUCACGUCCUGACUCUUACCCAUGUCAGAGAUGGAAAGGAGACCCAUUCCAGGGUGUGCACAUCCAGCCAACUGCCCAGACCCAGUCGCAUGAUUACAGGCUGGGCAUAACAGCUGAGCACCUCCCCCAACAACAGCUAGCUCACCAUCCUUCCCCUUGCUCCCGCCAGCUCUCCCUGCCUCUGAUCCCUAAGAGGAGAGAGUCGGCCCAAUACCCAGAUAAAACCAGCUUAGCCACACGGCUGUCCAUCACAGACCACCAGCAGCAGCCAGCUGAGGUGUUCUCUCCAGCGAGUCUUGCUUCUGGGCCUCUGUACCACAGAUACACUCUGUCCCAGUCCACUGAGACCGCAGACAGCCCCCACCCUGCCUCCCAACUCACAACCUCUGCCUCCACAGUGACGCUACAGGCUGCCCCAGAACCCAGCAGCAUGCUGCCCAUUGGCUGGAGGGGCCCUGAGGAUCCCAGCUGGGCUGCAGAACAGGGGACCACUGGCACCAGUGGCAGCAGUGAGGCUCAGGACAGUACUCUGUCUGUCUAUGACAACCUGGACACACUACAACGCAUGGAGGAGGUGGCUGCGGAUGGUGGUUGGGGCAGCCCUGCUGGCCCAGUGGAGGUAGAGGUGGGCACGGCCAGCAUGGUAGAUACCAGAAGCUCCUGGUCUUCCUGUGAGAUUCUGUCCCUGGAAGACAGUGGGAGUGGUGUGGUCAGAACCAGCCCAGGACGAGGGUCCACUAGGUUCCCCUCCUUCAGGACUGACCCAGGAGACGAGGACCUCCAUCCUAACUCCCCAGCCUCCUCCUCUGCUCUCACUGAUGCCCCCCUGAGCACGGGCAGCUCGGAGGUCUUCCUGCCCUCUGCUCCUCCAGACCUCCGCGUCCCCCCGGCCUCCCAGGCCAUGCACUGGCUCUUGACUGGCCUCAGACAACAGAUGGCCAGGCAGAGGGCUGAGUUCGAGGCCAAGAUCCAGAGGUUGGAGAAGCGUAACGAGGCCCUCCAGGGGGAGGUGGUGGGACUGCGGACCAGCCUGGAGCAGCAGCGCCGCUGGUACAGCGUGGCCGAGAUCAAGAUCCGCAACGUGGAGCGUGCCCGGGCCGACGCCGACCGCCGCAACACCACUCUACAGAGGGAGAUGGAGCAGUUCUUUGAUACCUUCGGAGAGCUGAACGCUGAGGCACGGAAGAGCGAAGGUUAGGGUUAGCACCCCUGGAGAGCUGAGCGCUGAGGCCAGGAAGAGCAAGCAUAUCUUACAGAGCUUCUGAUGGCCAGUCAGAUUAGAGAAAGAUGCCAUUAUCAGAGCACUACAAGAGCAGUAUCAGGAGAAAACACUAUCCAUCUGAAUGGAAUACAGAGAGAACUGUCUGUUGCCAUGAUUAAUCCAUAUUGGAUUUGUCUCUUAAUGAGUUGUACAUGUUUGAGGAUGGUUCUAAGACAGUUUUGAGAUGGAACCUGCUGAGAUAGACAGCUCUGCUCUGAUGCCUUGGACAUUGUUCAACCAGACAUAUUGACCACCAGACCAGACCAGACCAGAAUGAGGUGGACUGGAGACGAUGGAGACAGACAAGAAACAUAAGCUACUGAGCUCACUAAAUGUGUCUAUGACUGAAAUGAGCCCUAUAACAUACAGAAUCAAAACUUGGAGACAAUGGAUGGCUGACAGCUGGCCUGGCCAUUGAUAUAAAAGAGAGGCCCAGACCCAGCCAGUCUGUCCUGAGCCACACAGGAAAAGUUUUGAAAGAGAUCUGGGAAGUAACAUAACAGUCUCAUAGAAUCUGACCCUAUGAGAUCCGGAGUACUGCUGGUUUUCAGUUCUACCUGAUAAUUCAUUACACCCACCUGGUGCCCCAGGUCUAAAUAUGUCCCUGCUUAGAAGGGAAGAAUGGGGGGGGGCAUUGGAACUAGCUUCAAGGUCCAGAUUUGAAUGUGAGGCCCAAACAAGGUGUUGAAACGCAGACAAGUUGUACUAUUCCCAGUCUCUGACAAGAUCCCACAGCCAUUUCGACACUGUGUGAAAGCUGAUCUUAAAUAGGAUUUGAUUUAGUGCUUCCAAGUAUUGAGGUCAUGUUCUGAGUUUGUCUAUGAGGGUAUCUAAGAACAGACUCAUAUUACUGAUGCAGGUAUUUCACACUGCUAUAAAUAUGAAGGAUUAUAAUUUGGGACCCAUCUGAACACUAUUUCACUUCGUUAUGACAGGGCAGGGUGAGUCACAGCUUUUAACAGUACACCACUUGAAAAUACCCUGUAGCUUUUCCACGAAACCAAUAUGUAUAGUGCAAUAUUAACGUCCUGAAUAAUAAAACAUACUUUUACUAAAUCAUUUUGCUGAGGAACGUGCGCGCACACACACACUGAAACACGCAUGCAAGCACGCAAACACACACACUUGUAUGCAAGCACGCAAACACACACACUUGUAUGAAAUAAAAUAACCAAAGACUUAAGCAAUAGAUCCUGUCUAUAGCAAUAGCAUUUUAUUUAGCAGAAUUCAUUUUGUCCUCCUUUGAUGUCAAAUGAUAAUCAUCUCUUGAGUUUUUGCAUAUUUUUCAGACAGGAUGAAUAUAGUGGAACAUAUUAAAGGUGCUACACAUAGGAUUUCUUUUUGCAUUGUAUUUUCAGAAAAAUGUCCAUAAUAUAUCCGGUACUGAUAGUGGAAUGAUGGUGUUUCACCGUAUUAAUGACCCGCCAGUGUUGUGAUUGGCUGUGAUAUUCACCUAUUGAUUUCUCCUGCCGGUGCAGCAUCUGUUUUCAAACUGGGAAAGCUGUUCUGACUUUGUAGCUAUGUUAUUUAGUGGAAAUUGCUUUGUCAUUUUCUGGUUGCUAAAAUUCUACACUGUUUGCUCAAUUUCAGCUUAUGUGAGAAAACAAGCACUGCAUAGUGUAGGGAAUAAAUGUACCAUCUAAAUUGCUGUGAAAUAUCUUUUCAAUAAUAAACCAUAUCAUUUUUACAGCUGUUUGAAGCUGGUGGACCAAAACGAAAGCUACUUUUGGUUUUGGUCCACCAGCAUCAAACAGCAGUUUUGGUCACUAUUCAGUGCUUGUUUUUUCACAUAAACUGAAAUUGAGCCAACCGUAUAGAAUUUUCUCAACCAGGAAAUGAGUGAUUUCCACUAGAUAUCCCAGCCACAAAGUCAGAACAGCUUUCCUAGUUUGACCACAGAUGCCGCUGUGGCGGAAGAAAUCAAUAGGCGAAUACACCAGCCAAUCACAACACUGGUGGGUCAGUAAUAUUGCGACACACUAUCAUUUCACUAUUACCGGCAGAUACAUUAUGGACAUUUUUUUUAAUUACAAUGCAAAAAUGUGAAGAAAAAAUCUUAUGUGUAGCACCUUUAAGGAGUCAUCAGUGAUGCAUCUCUGAAUAAGACCACCAGUGGGCGUCCAUACAUGGCAUUACACAGCAGAGAACACAAGCAGUAGAGACAGGCCAAUCUAACAGAUUCUACCUCCAGUUUAUAGACUUGACUAUGUAUCUAUGUCUUGAAGAAAUGUGUAUUAAACAAGUUUGAUUGCAUUAAACAGCAAACCAGA